AGAAAUCCGGUCCGUGGAGAAGCUCCGAGGGGGGAGCCGGUGUGGGACGGACCUUUCUCUCUCCCCACAGGAGAAGUCCAGUGGCCGCACUGCCCACUACAAGCUGACCUCUACGGUGAUGCUGUGGCUGCAGACGAAUAAGACCGGCUCGGGCACCAUGAACCUCGGAGGCAGCCUCACCCGACAGAUGGAGAAAGACGAAACGGUGAGCGAUUCCUCUCCGCAUAUAGCCAAUAUCGGCCGUCUGGUUGAGGACAUGGAGAAUAAAAUCAGAAGUACGCUGAAUGAGAUUUAUUUUGGAAAGACAAAGGACAUUGUCAACGGGCUGAGAUCAAUUGACGCUAUCCCCGACAACCAAAAAUAUAAGCAGUUGCAGAGGGAGCUCUCCCAGGUUCUGACCCAGCGCCAGAUGUACAUUCAGCCAGAUAACUAAAGCAGCCCAGGUACACCUAUCCCCCCACCC